CAUCCAGCCAUGGCGACCGAGCUGGCGUACGCCCCGCCGAUGAAGGCCGGCAAGGAGGGGUUCCAGGGGACGCAGGAGGCGCAGCACAGGAUCCGCAUCACCCUCUCCUCCAAGAGCGUCAAGAACCUCGAGAAGGUCUGCGCCGAUCUGGUUAAGGGAGCCAAGGACAAGAGCCUCAGGGUCAAGGGCCCCGUCAGGAUGCCCACCAAGGUGCUCAACAUCACAACCAGGAAGUCCCCCUGCGGAGAAGUCAUCCUGAUGAUAAAAAUGAUAUCGUGA